AUGGUAAUCUUUUUCGGGUUAAAUUUAAUUAAAAAAUACAGUAGAAAUGUUCGCGUUAUAAGUGAAAAUUUAUUGAAUAUCAUUUCUGCUGCAGCAACCAAACCAUAUUCCGUAUCUAGUCGAUUGUUUUAUUGCGAAACACCCAUGAAUACUUCGAUGUCUUCGACUCCUAUAUUUAACUUUAGCACGGAUCGUUUUCAAGGAGUAACUGUCAAGGAUGAAGCCGAAUUCUCAUGUGAUGUAGAACAAUUUUCAAAUAAACUAAAACAUUCGUUAGAUAAAUGGGUUUGCGACGGUAUCAGAACAGUGUGGUUUUAUAUAUCUCUUCAACAUUCCAUGUUCAUACCAAUUCUGACUCAAAAUGGGUUCGUUUUCCACCGAGUGAAUGAUGCCUCAGGUCAAACACUAGUCUUAAGCAGAUGGCUACCGAAAGAUAAACCAAGUACGAUACCACCUUAUGCCCAUACUAUGGUCGGUGUUGGAGGAAUAGUCGUAAACAACAAAGACGAAUUGUUGACCGUGUAUCAAAGUUAUGGAAAAUAUGAAACUUGGAAACUUCCCGGAGGAUACGUAGAGCCUCGUGAAAAUCUAACCGAUGCGGUUAUACGUGAAGUUGAAGAGGAGACCGGCAUCAAGACGAAAUUCCAGUCUUGCGUAUUGUUUCGACAUACUCAUCAAGCUAAUUUCGAUUGUUCCGAUCUGUACUUUAUCACAGUUCUAGAACCUCUGACUGAAGAAGCGAGCGAAGAUUCGGAGGAAGUUUUGAAAGUCCAAUGGAUGCCGAUUGAAGAAUUUCUCAAUCAUCCUCAUGUUCACGAACUUAAUAAGUUAUUCAUUCGGAUAUAUUUGCAACAGAAAGAGAAUAAAAUAUCGAUAGAGAAACACGAUGGCAUUCAUCCGGUUACCAAGAAACCGUAUACUCUUUAUUACGCUUCUGCGAAUGAUCAUUGUUUGUAAUCGUAAACGGUGUUGUUGUAUAAAUGACAAUUUAAACACUGCCUAUUGAGUCGAGUUACCAUAAAUAUUAGGGAUAAAUUAUUUUAAAUAUGGAACAAGUAGAGGUAGAAGAACAAAGUGUAUCUUUAAUUGAAAGUAUUUAAAAAUGUUUUCAUCUGUAAAAAAAAGUUCUGCUGGAAGCGAACGGAUUUUAAUUUAUUAAUUUAUAUCAUGUUACGGUGUGUUGAUAUUAGAAUUAAACGCAAGAAAAGAAAUACUGUAUCACUGUUUCAUUUGCCAAUUAUUAAUCGUGGAAAUAUUUAUUGAAAAAAAAAUAUAUAUAAAUUCUUAUGCA